UAAAGUCUCUACAAAUGCAUUUUUCAACCCCUAAUUUCUCGAAUUAAAUGAUUAAUUAAAAGUAGUGUUUGCAUAAUUACAUGCAUGAAACUCAUCACGUAUGCAUUUGUAAUAUGUAGAUUGAUGUUUCUAGUUGAUGAUGGGGGGUUAUAGGAUAAGAUUGUGUUUACAUAUUUUCAAGAAUUUAAACUUAGUUUAACAAAAUUAAUAUUUAUUUAUUAUGUAUUUUACAUAUGCAUUGUGGUUAAUCUAUAGUAUAUCACAAUUUUGAUGAGGUUUUCAACAAAAAUGAAUAUAGCAAGGUGACGGGUGUAAUGAUUAAAACCCGAAUUCGAGCGGUUGUGCUAUUUAUCAUCCAUGGGGCAGUGUUGUGCUCAGUUAUGCAGACAAAGCAAAGAGGAGGAAGGGAAUACUGCAGGUUCAUCAGAGCUUGCUGGUGGAAAUGUUCACCUAGUGACCGAUGUGGAGAACUGGGAAGAGAUAAUUUCUCAGGCAAACAAGAAUGCCCAAAUUGUUGUGGUAAAUUUCAGUGCAUCAUGGUGCAAUCCUUGUAGAAUAGCAGCACCCGCGUACCGGUAUCUCGCCGACAAGUACACGUCAGUGAAAUUUUUAACUGUUGACGUUGACAAUCUAGCGGAAUUCAGUAAUUCGUGGGAUAUCAAAGCUACUCCGACAUUCAUCUUCUUAAAAGAAGGCCGACAGAUGGACAGAAUGGUGGGCGGCAGCAAACAUGAGUUAGAGAAGAGGAUACUUUCUAUGGUUGAGGCGUCUGUAGCUACCCCCAGAUGAUUCUGAAGUAGAAGUAGAUGAAUUUGAAGUAGAAGUCAAUUUGCAGAUGUUUAAUUUGUUCUCUAAUUUGGGUUUUGAGGCUUUUGAAACUUUGUAGAUUUAUAUAAGCUUAGUACUUCUGUAAACACAAAUGGGAGAAGUAAUACUUCUGAAACUUUGGAUUAAUAACUUAAUAGAUAAAUUAAUAUUCUUGGGAGAAGUAAUGCGAAUGAAAAAUGCCAACAGUUGGUGUAAAC